AUACUUUGUACUUCUGAAAAGUCACAUGGACAUUCAUAUAAAAAAGUAAACAAAACUCUAAAAUGAGAAAAUAAUAACUGAAGGCUUAGAGACUUUUAUGUGAGGAACAACAGUUGAAACUUGCUUUUAUUUCACUCUUAAAAUGUAACUACACACAUCAUCAAGACUGUAUAACAGUGAUCAUCACAAAAAGGUUCUCUGAAAAUUGCUAAGGAAUAGAUACUUUCAUGACAUAAUAAGAAAAUGACAACCCAUAAAAUCAGGUUACAAAAUUAAAACUUACAGAGCUACAGACAAGACUCAAUUACAGAAUGCCUGCUGAAAAAAAAUUCUGAAGGAAACACAGCCUUCUACCAAGUUUUGGUCAUUCUAAGAGCAGUAUUUUCACUUUGGUUAGGUAAAGGAAAAGUCUGACUGUCUGCAGGGAACAGCCUAUGAGUCGCCUGGCAGCGGAAGGAAAUCCCUCUCUGAGACACGUACAUCCAUAUGCUAUGGCAAAUGGAAAAAGAGGUAGGCAGGAGUUCCUUCCCUGCUGUACCUGCCUCUGAUGGUCAUCAGAAGGCAAAUACCAGGCACCGAGCUCAUCUGGUCUGGCUGUUUUAAUCCUUUUGUACCAUUGCAAUAGGAUCUUUUAAUUGAUACCAGUCAAAUGUACCAUUAGUGGUAUGCUUUCUCCUAUGCCUAACUCCACAGACUUAGUAAGGGAGAGCUAACAUUACAGCAGAUACUGUUCUGGCAAUAUCCCCUCUGCUGUGCUCAGGGACCUGAUUGCUUCAGUUGAAAACUGCUCUCUCACACUUGUGUUCCAGCUCUAAUAUCUCUCAACUGGGCAAAAUUACUGCAGCUCCCUUUCUGUUACUGGCAGAACGAGAUUUUAAAUAAAAAACAGUAGUACCCUGCUUCUUUCCUGAGGCUCUCUAUCCAAGCUGAAUGUGAAUUCAAGCUGAAAAUUAAUUAGAAGUAUCUGGGUUUUUUUUUAAAGGGAGAAUCCAAAUGAGGACACCCAAGUUCAGUCACUGUAUUGUCUAUCACCUCUCUUACGCCCCAUGUUCUGUUCUCCUCACUCUGCACCCGCCUGUUAGCACUUCCCAAAGGAGAAUCAGGUCUUACUCUGGUCUUCGUUAUGUGAGAAAACAGAACUGAUUUCAUAUUAAAAAAAAAAAAAAGUCAGUUUGGCCAAAAUCAGUUCGAGACAUUCCAGAAGUUCAAUGUCAGCAUGCCUUGCCCAGUUUGACUCAGUCUGCAUUCUACAAGAUUGAUCUAAACAAGCACACUUGCCCUGGGUGAAGAGUCCCUCUGAAAGGUUAAAAUUCCUGCAACACUGACCAGGUAGGCAGAAAAAGAUAAGGCACCAGAUAACAGGGAACUUCAUGGCAUUUCCUGCAGCCACCCUCCUGCUGGAGCUGUGGGAGCUGGUUUUGGUCCACUUAAAGUGUAUGAACAUGAUGUAUUUAAUCUACCCAUAUGUAGUUCACAGGGGAAGAGGCAACUUACAACUUGUACAUACCCUGCACCUAAACAGGAGUGUUUAGUUUCACAUAUAUAUAUAUAUAUAUAUAUAUACAAUAAAAAUAGCCGAAAUACAGAGAUAAAUAUACAUCAUACAAAAUUCAUAAAGAAUUAAACCAUAUAUUUUAAAUAAACAUAAAAUAUCAAAAAAUAAAUUUUAAAAUAUUGAAAUACCAGAAAGUAUAUGGCAUAUAUAGUGUACGCAUGUAAAAUAGGUAGGUGAUUUCCAAGCCUUUCUGUGCGGCUGGAGCUGGCAGGCUCAGAGACAGCUGGACCACGGGGGCUCCAGCUCUGGCCCCGGCCGAGACCCCGCGGGGUCAGGUGAGCCUGCGGUGUGUGCAGGGGGCAGCCCAGCCGUCAAGGAAUUACGGAGCAGGAUUACUUCAUGUUCCCACCGGCCCCGUUUCACAAUCCCGCUCUCCAACAGUGUCAAACCGGCACGCUCCUUCAAGCACACACCCCCCCCCUCCGUGUUCUCAUGCCGGAUUUUCCCAGGCCAUGAAUAAUCUCGAAGCCCCCUCGAUAAAUACACGUUCAGGGAUGCCCGGAGCUCAUUCAACCCGCCAGCCUCGCCGACGAGAAGGGGCCGGGGCCGGAGCCGAGAAGCCGCACGAUGAAGUUCGCCCCGAGCUGUGGCUGCGCCCGUGCCCGCUCCGGCCGCCGCCAGCCCGCGCUGCCGAUCCUGCUGCUGCCGCUGCUGCUGCUGCUGCUGCCGCGGGCCGGAGCCGUCCCGCUGCCCGGGGCCGCAGACUCGUCGGGGGAGGCCGAGCCGGAGGAGGCGGCGGCGCGGCGGGCGGCGCUGCCCCACAGCCUGCGGCUGGCGCAGCUGCUGCGCGACCGGGCGGCUCAGCUGCAGCGAGAGAUGUGCGAGAAGUUCACCGUCUGCGAGAACAGCGUGGAAAUGCUCCUCCAGAACAACCUCAACCUCCCCAGAGUGACGGAGGAAGACGGGUGUCUGCAUGCCGGCUUCGAUGAGGAUAAAUGCUUGAAAAAAAUCUCCAGCGGGCUUUAUACAUUUCAGACAUACCUCAAAUACGUGCAAGAAACUUUUAUUAGUGAAAACCAAAACCUUGAAUCACUAUGCUAUAGUACAGAGCACCUGGCACAUACCAUAAGACAAAUGGUGAUCAAUCCCGAAGAAGUGAUCAUCCCAGAUGCAGCUACCCAGGAAUCCCUCCGCACAAAGCUGAAGUCCAGUAAGACCUGGAUAGAGAAAAUCACCACCCACCUCAUCCUCCGAGACUUUACUUCAUUUAUGGAGAAAACAGUGAGGGCUGUGCGCUAUUUGAAAAAUACCAGGAGUUUCAGUGCCUAAAUGUUUUAGUUCAGGCACAAUCCUUUGUUACACAUCUGUCAUGUGGCAGACAAGAGUGUUGUUCUGUUUUAAGAACCAGAAAUAGUAACAAUGGUUUGCAUUUAUAUACAUUCUUAUUUCCUUCUAGGAAGUUAUUUAUUGUAUUUAAAAUAUUUAUUAAUUUCUAAUGUGUCUUAUUUAUAUUUUCAAUAUUUAGAAAUAAUUUAAGCAAUUUUCUAAUGGUACUAUUCAGAAUAGCAACUUAUUUAAUAUGUACUCAACAAAAAAAUAUUUUCAGAACCCAGAAAAAUUGCUGUAUACCUUAUGUUUUUAAACUAUUUGAA